GGACCUUUAACCCGUACAAGAUAAUAGUUUGAAUGCUAUGCUUGGUUGCCUCGGCGACGGGAUGUCAACAACAUCGCCGCUGCUGGUGGACUGUGCUGCUCCUGUGUCUGUCCGGCGUGUAGCACCUUUAAAAAAAUGGCAGAAAUGUCUGCUAUGAACAGAAAGGUGAUACAAACGCUCGCUGAAACACUCUCAAAACAAGUGGAGCACUUCAGUAAAACAGAGGUGGAGUGCCUCAUCCGAGAGUUUAACGUGUCUCUGGGCGAGCCGGCUGUCCCCGGUAGAGCAGUCCCCGGCCUGGACAGAGGGAAGUUCAGGAGCAUACUGCACAACAUCUUUGGGAUGACCGACGACAUGAUCAUGGAUGGAGUCUUCAGGACAUUUGACAAAGACAACGACAGCCUCAUCAGUAUGAAAGAAUGGAUUGAAGGACUGUCUGUUUUCCUUCGAGGGACCUUGAAUGAAAAAAUCAAAUAUUGCUUUCAUGUGUAUGACUUGAAUGGCGACCGCUACAUCACCAGAGAGGAGAUGUUUCACAUGCUGAAGAACAGCCUCAUCAGACAGCCCACAGAGGAGGACCCUGAUGAAGGGAUCAAAGACCUGGUGGAGAUCACACUCAAGAAGAUGGACCUUGACCACGAUGGCAGACUAUCUUUCGAUGACUUUGAAAAGGCAGUGCAAGAGGAGAAUCUAUUACUUGAGGCUUUUGGAACCUGCCUCCCUGACACCACGAGUAUUGAGACAUUUGAGCAGCAUGUAUUUCAGGAACUGGAACAAUGAAGAAAACACAUUCAUGUUAAUUUCCAGAAAUAUAGUCUUUAAUACAAAUGUUAGUAGCUGCUUGCAUUGUGGUGCAACAUUUGUAAAUAAAACAAACUGGCAAGAGGAA